AUGGCAUCUGAUGACAAGAACGAUCAACAGGAUUCACUGCUGCCUCAAGGAAGAUCCAGGAAGGCGUCUCUGCCAAUUUCACGAUGGCAAACUCCCGAGAUGAUACUCUACAUUCUCAUCAUCCUAGUUGCCUAUCUGUUCUUCAUGAUCCCAAUCCCCAUUGCUCUCAGUCAAGAAAACUCAAAAACGUAUCCAUCGUACAUGCACAGGCUCAAACCUGGUUGGAUCUUUGGUCGUCAAGUCGACGACUCAGACACCCAAUACAGAGCAUUCAGAUCCCACAUAUUCCAAGCUACUUCCAUCGCCAUCCUUCACGUUUCGAUUUCCCGUCUAAGUCGCUUCCUAUUCCCGGACUGGCCUCAACUAUAUCGAUACAUAACACUCACAUUCUCUGUCUCAUUCCUACUCAUAUUGCAUGGCCCUGCUGGAUGUAUUAGGCUAGGUGCCCUUCUCGCAUUAAAUUAUUUCUUGACUAAAUACCUUGCUGGCAAGGUCGUUGCUCCUGUGCUUGUUUGGACGCUUAAUAUUGGGUUACUGAUUGCUUCAGAAUCGUACUUGACCUUGUUCAAGUUUGGGGAAUUUUUUGAGGGUUGGUCUGUUCUGGACUCGAAUCCUUCAUGGGUAUUGACACCCAGAUGGUGGGAGAGUUACAAUUUCCUAAUGCUGAGAAUUAUCUCAUUCUUUAUGGACUACCAUUGGCUGAAAAAUGGGUUAUCUGAGAUCAAUGUGGAAAGUCACACCAAGAAAUGCCCCGACUGUCAACGUGGUAUCAUAUGCGAUCAGGCCCGAAUUGACGCAUCUCAUCCAGAAGAUGAUUACAAUUUCUCAAAUUUCGUCAAUUACGCCUUGUAUGCUCCUUUAUAUCGAGCAGGUCCCAUUGUGACAUUUAAUGACUUCUUGUCUCAGGUCAAGCAACCAUCACAAAAGAUCACCUUUAAAUUGGUUUGUAUGUAUGCGCUCAGAUGGGUAUCUGUAGUAUUGCUCAUGGAAGUCAUGUUGCACUACAUGUAUGUUGUAGCAAUCAAGGAUGCUCAUGCUUGGGAGGGGUUUACGCCACUUGAAUUCGGAUUGAUUGGAUAUUGGAAUCUCAAGAUUGUCUGGUUAAAGUUAUUGAUUGUAUGGAGAUUCUUUCGAUUAUGGGCCAUGGCAGAUGGUAUUCUUGCACCAGAGAAUAUGUCGUUGGCUCGUUCGGUUAGUCGUAAUGAUGAUUUACGUGUAUAUGUGUAUGUACCACUAGGAGGAAACAAGACAGGGCCAAUUGGGUAUCUGGUCAAUUCGUGGCUUAUAUUUACAUUUGUGGCAAUAUGGCAUGAUCGAGAGCUCAAGCUGCUAGCAUGGGGCUGGUUGAUUGUGUUGUUUAUAAUGCCUGAAGUAUUGGCGACGCGGUUUACCGUCAAGUGGAGGUCUCGUGUUUGGUAUCGACAUUUAGCUGCUCUAGGAGGAGCUUGUAAUAUGUUUACCAUGGCUGUUGCGAAUCUAGUAGGAUUUGUAGUUGGAGUGGAUGGUAUUUCGUAUCUCAUUGGGGGCUUCUUCUCACUCCAAGGCCUUCCAUUAACAAUAUGUAUGAUGACUACACUGUUUGCUGCUGUUCAAGUCAUGUUUGAGAUACGAGAAUCAGAAAAAAGACGAGGAAUUGUUGCUCGUUACUAG